CCAGUCAGGAAGAGAGGGAAGGAUCUGCAGAAGGAAAAGGAAGCAGAGAGACAUAAUAGGGAGUAUAAGGCAUCAAGAGGGGGGAGGUGUACAUGCAGUGCAGUGUGAGUAUGUGUUGUUUUUAACAGGGAGGUAGGAGGAGAGGAGAAAGAGGAGGAUGGGGUGCUUCCUCUUCAGUCUGGGCUAAGCUGCUGAUGUAUCCCAGCAGCCCCUGUACAUAGCAACAGGAAACCUUGGUAUAAAAAGCCGCGUCGCAGGGGGAACCCUCCUAAGUGUCUCUCAGCCGCAGCAUGACCAGGACCCAAAGCCUGAGAGUGUGGACUUAACAACACAAUGCCCAGCCUAAUCGACGAACCACAACACUUCAUCAUGGACCAAGAUGACAGGAAGACAAACAAGAACAUCGGAAAGAACUUUAUGUGCCGACUGCAGUGCAUGUUCUCACACUCAUCAAGCUCCGAGAGCAGGCUAAGUUUAGAAGAUACCCAACAAUGGUCACAGUCACUGGAAAGGCUUCUCGAUUCUAAAUAUGGAUUGGCCACUUUUCGCAACUUUCUCAAAUCUGAGUACAGCGAUGAGAAUAUUGAGUUCUGGCUCACCUGUGAGGACUACAAGAAAAUCAAGUCUUCAUUCAGAAUGUCCUCAAGAGCCAAGAAGAUUCAUGAGCAGUUCAUCAAAGCAGAAUCUCCUAAAGAGAUCAACAUUGACUAUCACACCCGAGAGCAGAUCAAAAGGAGCGUCAAGACUCCCACCAUGCACUGCUUUGACGAUGCUCAGAAGAUAGUUUACGGGCUGAUGGAAAGAGACUCGUACCCGCGGUUCCUCCGCUCGGACAUUUAUAGAACUCUGCUGGAAAACCUCUCCGCCGACGCCACAAAGGGAUGAAUACUCGGUCAAGGGGAGAAAAAGAGAACGGACUUUAAAAACCCCAUAACUGGAAAUGUUUGAGCUCCUUCGGGAGGAAGGGCCAACAACAAAGAAGGAAGGAGGGUUGAACCCUGUGUGCCACACGAACACAUGCAGAGGCUUUUCCGUUGCCACAGAAGUAAAUGGCUCCUUAGUCCCAUCACGGGAGGAACACUGAGCAUCUGAGGACUGUGUUACAAAAAGAAGAAUAACCACAAGCAGCCUUAACGAUUAUGGCCCUGCAGUGUGUGUUUGCACUGGAUGAUAAGUCUGUGUACGCAGAGGAAUUGAACUCUUUUGACAAUGAAUUAAUCAGUGAGGCCAUGACGCCCGCUUUGACUGUGGAGCUGCGUCAGCAAACUGUGCAGCGGACCUCCUUUGGCCUUCUUUGCAGAGGUGUUUCCUGUGCAGAUUCAGAUAGAGGAUGUGAGAUGCAACGGUCACACUCCAUUAGUUGAGUGUUUGUAUCUGAGGGAGUGGAAGUGAGUAUUUAGCUGAGUGUUUAACUGCCACUGACACAGGAUGAGCUGUCCCAAAAAGAAAUUAGACCGAUUAUCUAAUGACAGCACUAAGGGAGACAACAAAUCCAAAGCGGACAGUCAGUGGUGAUCUGUCAUCCUUUAGUAACGGGUUGCAGAAGGCCAAUUAGUUCUACAAGAGGCAUUCUGGGAUACUUUAAAGGGAAGACUUUGUUUUUUUAGAUUGGACAGAUAUGGGGUUUAAAAUUGAUACAGACUUUAUUUUCUUUACAUUUAAGCUGCCUAUCAUUUAUUAAUAUAAUAGAAAAAAUAGAAAUCCAAAACCAAUAUAUAUUUUGUAUGCUAACAAAUGUAAUCAUGCACAUUAUUUGUGUGGAAUCUAAACAAAAUUCUGCACUACAGAAACUAAGAAGUUCCCUUUUACAGCCAGUGGUUUCUAAUUUACUUCCUCAGCACACGACUACUGGUCGUUCUCUUAGUCUAAACCAAAUUCUUACAGCACUGACGUGUCAAGAGUUAUGAUUUAAUCUAAUAAACUACUUGAGUGGAAUUAUUAUAGAGAUUGGAUGUUUCACCUUGCAUGAUGGGAUGUUAAAUCCUCUUGUAUAGCCCGCGAAUAUGCGUUAUUGUUGCCUUUCAAAGCACGUUGUUUGAAUGUAUUCUUAGGAGAUACUAGUUAAUUUAACUUAAAAGUCAAGCAAUGGUUUAUUUAUUGUUAAAUGUCACUAUUUGAGUACAAUGUUUGUUGCCGUGUUGAAGUGCUUGUUAAAAUGUUAGUGAUUUGAACGACAUUAAAUUAUUUAGGUUUCUUUCUAGGAACUGUGAGAGCGAAAAUGUUUUGUAACAUAUACACUCAAACCCUCUCAUACACACACACACACCUGUUCCUGGUCCCUCGUUUUUCCCAUUACAGCAUUUCGUACUUUGUGAAAUGUGGUCAUGCUGUUUAUACAAAAAAGACAGCAACACACUUGAAAUAGAAAUAGAUCCUAAAACAUAGCAUUAGAAAAAUUAAUGGGAUGUUUUCGUAAUGAUUGUCUGUUGUAUGUUCGAAGCAAUACCCCAUCGCAUAAGCAUGGAAACAUAAAAGCUUUGCCAAGUACUGCUUGGCCAAAGACUUAUUUUCACUGUUGUGAAGAAGCAACUGCAGUGCAGUUUUUGGCAAGACUCAACACUACAUCCUACAAAGUGACUAAAUUAAUAUCCAGUAUGUUAUUUAUAAGUAGUGCUCCUGGUCUCUUGUAUUCAAUCAUGUUCAGCAUUUAAGAUAAGAAAGGGCAGGGUAUUCAACAUGAGAAAGUGAGUACAUAUAAACAGUUAAAAGUCACUAUAUAUUAAAAGCUUUUGAGGUUUUCAACUUUCUUUGUCCCAACUUUAUGGGAAAUUACAUUAAAGUAAAAAUGCUCCUUGUGAUGUCCAACAAAGGAUUUUCAGUGCCUACAAUUUCCUGUUGCAGUUUUUGUAUUAUUACUUAAGGGCUGUGGAAAUAAAGUGCACAAGUGCUGUGUGCUGCUUCAGGAACAGGAAGGCCUGGACUUCCAGUUUCUUAUGAAAUUAGUCGUAGUGAGAAAUUACAUUUUUCCUUGAAAUGUAGUAACACAGUAGAAUGAAACAUUGCACUUUUUAACAGAAGUAGACUUUGUGGUUUUCUUGACAUUUAAAGGUCAAGACAAAAAAGUAAUCAAUGUGUGUGUGGGUGAGUCUGUCUUUGGGCUGAAAACUUGAAGAAAUUGACAUGUGUCAACUUUAAUGGGCUCAAUAAGGCAACUGAGUCAAAUGUGUUCUGCAACCUCCAAUAUAAUUAUUAAAGGAAUAAGCUGUGAGGUUUUUCUUA